GUUGACCCCAACAAGGACUGCCUGUAGUCAUGGCUAACUGGGAGAUUCGUAUGUCGAACUCCCGCGGAGUUCCAUACUUCUUCAACAAUGACACCCACUCCUCUUCCUGGGACCCUCCUUCCGAUCUUACCCAAGAGCAGAUCCAGCAGCUAUCCGGCGCACAUUACCUGAGCAGACCCGCUCAGGUAAGGGCGAGUCAUUUGCUUGUCAAGCACAGCGGCAGCCGGCGGCCGAGCAGUUGGAAGGAGGCGAACAUAACUCGCUCGAAAGCUGAAGCAAUCGAAAUAUUGAAGGGUUAUCAAGCGCAGAUCGAUGGAAAUCCGGACACCUUCUCCAAGCUUGCGUCUGAGCAUUCCGAUUGCUCGUCCCACACUGCUGGUGGGGAUCUGGGGUGGUUCAAGCCCGGUCAGAUGCAGAAACCGUUUGAAGAAGCCGCUUAUGCCUUGAACGUCGGCGAGAUGAGCGAUGUGGUGGAAACGGAUAGCGGUGUGCACUUGAUUUUGCGCACGGGAUAAGUAAAACAGCUCGCAACAUACAGACACCGAUGUACGAUAGCGCAUGCGACGAUCAACUCUUGUCGGAAUUACACC